UUGAAUAAUUAAAACCACAAACUCAUUCUAUAAUGUGGAAACCGGACUCAUGAGAUGCAUCUCUCUCGCGCCUCACUCACUGAAUCCCCGAGAACAUGGUUCUGUUCUGAACGCGUUGGACAUGGUAAUGGGGUGGCAAUAUUUUAUUUGAUUAGGUUAAAUUUCUUGCUAAGCCGUCCUUAAUCGAUUAUCGGGUAUCAAGUGUUUUGUGCGGAUUUGUCUGUGGGAAUCUGCAUCUAAUGAGAUCUUUUUUGGAGGCUAAUUGAUUUCACCCCUCUCUUUCUAUCUUCGCAUCAAAUACGAGUUUCUUCAUGGCAACUUGGCCAUGGCUUCAACUCUUCAUGUAUUUCUUAGCAUUGAUAUGGACACCUGGAAGCUGUUCGCAUGGUCAUUCAAUUCCAAGUCAGGUGGUGGAUUCUCCAAAUGACAACAAAUUUCUAAUGCAGUCAUAUUAUGACCGAUAUAUGGACUUGGAUGAUUCAGAUUUUGAAAAUUUUAUGUCUCAACAAGACACUUCUGGUGUGUGUGAAGUGUUUCCAGAUAGCCAUAAUUUCCCCUUGAGAUUGUCUGAUCUAAAGCGCAAUCUUAAUGGAGAAGGUUCCCACCGAAGUGUGUCUACAUUAAUCAAAUUUCAAAGUCAACAGUCUAUAUUUUCGUCUGAACUGUUAAGCAACUCAUGUGAAUUUAUAAUUAUUGAAAGACUGCCUUCUGGAGUUUUUGCUGAUCCAUUUGAAUUACAACGUCUUGUUCAGCGUGGUGUGUUCAGUGAGAUAGCUGUCUUUGGUGAUACAAAUCUGGAGCUGCCUUCAUUCUUGUCCAAUCAUUCUGUUGUUGAAAUUCACUUAGUUGUUGACCCAAAUAUAUUGCAAGAGGCAACUGAUAUCGAUAUACAGCUUCCAUUGCAUGCUCGAUAUCAACCUCUGAAUGAAAGUGGCUACUCUACAGUUGAAUUUGGUGCACCAGAUAUAUUAGUGUGCUGCAGAAAAAAGGAAAAGGUAGCAAACCGGUAUUGCUUCUUCAAAUUGAAAAAUAAUGAUGCUAAUGUGUAUGGUGCUCGUAUUGUUUGGAAAAUACCUUCUGGAAUAAAGGCGCAUGUUGAUUUUGUUUCUGCAGUUACAUUUAUUGCGGCCUUGUUAUCAACUUUUGUAAUUGUUGUUGCAUCAUUAUAUUAUUCCAAUAGCAGAAUCAGUAAAGAUUUAAAACAAUUGUAAAGAUUUUUUAGAUGCAUUUUUAAUUCUUUUUCAGCUCUAUACAUUCAUACUUGUCCUCUUUAUGUGUAGUGUUUCCUCAAUAGUCAACAAGGAAAAAAUGUUUGUCUUUUCACUGAUCCAUAUAUAACCAUAGUACUUUUUGAA